AUGUUUCAGUUCAGUCUGCUUAGAACUCUCACUGAAGACAUGUCUUCAUCAUCAGACUGGCGGGUCUUGUCCUGGACCGUGUUUUAUUUUGUGACAGUGCUAUUGAUGAUGUGUUCUAAUGUGGAAUGUCAAGAACAAGUAACCGAAUUUAGACUGCCGUUUAAUGUGACCUCACCGUUCUCAGUGUUCACUCAUCAGUUGGAACAUGCAUUUGAUCAGCUCAGCGCUGUGGCCGGAGUGGCCGCACGUAAGAACGAUUAUUAUAGUUCAUUUUAG